UUCAGCCAGCUAGAGUCUUCUCUAUAUUCGACUUGCAUCGUGCUUGCGCGAAUUCUACUUGUUCCGAAGCACAAAUCGUGGUCGGUGUUUUUCCAAGGUUUUAACAGGCUUAUAGAAGUUUUCGUAUGAAAAAAAUGGCCAAUUAUCACAAACCAGAAUCGAAAACCAUCCAGGAACUGAAAGAUAUUGCAACGAAGCUAAGAAUUCAUUCGAUCGAUGCCACGCAAGCCAGCAAGUCCGGUCACCCAACAUCAUGUUCGUCGAUGGCAGAAAUUAUGUCCGUUUUAUUCUUCCACACGAUGCGCUACAAGGUGUCGGCGCCACGUGAUCCGAGCAGCGAUCGGUUCGUUCUGAGUAAAGGUCAUGCGGCCCCUAUUUUAUAUGCAGCCUGGGCUGAAGCCGGUCUAUUCCCUACGAGCGAGUUGCUUAAUUUGAGAAAAAUUGAUAGCGAUUUGGAAGGACAUCCUACUCCAAGAUUGAAUUUCGUCGAUGUAGGAACUGGUUCCUUGGGACAAGGUCUUUCUGUUGCGGCAGGAAUGGCGUAUGUUGGGAAAAAUUUCGACAAAUCUAAUUAUCGCGUGUACUGCCUGAUUGGUGAUGGUGAAGCAGCCGAAGGUUCAAUUUGGGAAGCACUUCAUUUUUCCUCUUAUUAUAAGUUGGACAAUCUCUGUGCUAUUUUUGACAUAAAUCGUCUGGGUCAAAGUGAACCGACAUCUCUCCAGCACAACAUGGAAGUCUACCGUAAAAGACUUGAAGCUUUUGGUUUUAAUGCUUUGGUUGUUGAUGGUCACGAUGUUGAGGAAUUAGCUAAGGCUUUCCAUGAAGCACAAAACACGAAAGGGCGUCCUACUGCCAUUCUAGCAAAGACAUUUAAAGGUAAAAACUUCCCCAAUGUUGAAGAUCUUGAAAACUGGCAUGGCAAACCUCUUGGCACCAAGGCAAACGAAGUGAUUCAACAUUUAAAUGGAAUGUUGAAGAAUCCUGGUCCUCUUGGAUUGCACCCACAGAAACCAUUGGUCGAUGAUGCUCCAGCAGUAGACAUUACUAAUGUUAAACUGGCAUCUCCACCAAGUUAUAAAUUAGGAGAACAAGUAGCUACAAGAUUAGCUUAUGGUACUGCCUUAGCCAAGCUGGCAAAAAAUAAUCCUCGCGUAAUCGCUCUUGAUGGUGACACGAAAAAUUCUACAUACGCAGAGAAAAUUAAGACUGUUGAUCCGGCGAGGUUUAUCGAAGGUUUUAUUGCCGAACAAAAUGUUGUAGGAGUUGCAAUCGGUGCAGCAUGCAGAGACAGAACCGUGGCAUUUGUGUCCGCCUUUGCUACUUUCUUCACCCGUGCAUUUGAUCAGAUUCGUAUGGGUGCUAUUUCACAAACUAAUGUUAACUUCGUUGGAUCUCAUUGCGGCGUGUCCAUCGGCGAAGACGGACCUUCGCAAAUGGGCCUAGAAGACGUAGCCAUGUUCCGAACAAUUCCUGGUUCAACAGUCUUCUACCCCAGCGAUGCCGUUUCAACAGAACGUGCUAUCGAAUUGGCAGCUAAUACGAAGGGUGUCUGUUUCGUUCGUACAUCACGUCCGGCCACAUCAAUUUUAUACAAAAAUGAAGAGCCGUUUGCUGUUGGCAAGGGUAAAGUGGUCAAAUCUUCAGCUAAAGAUCAAGUUCUUGUCGUUGGAGCUGGCGUAACUUUACACGAAGCGCUUAAAGCCGCCGACGAAUUGUCCAAAGCAGGAGUAAAUGUACGCGUAAUCGAUCCAUUUACGAUCAAACCUUUGGAUGCCCAACUGAUCGUAAAGAAUGCUAAAGAAGUGGGUGGAAAAGUCGUCACCGUUGAAGAUCAUUACGCUGAAGGUGGCCUAGGUGACGCAGUUCUAUCUGCUGUUGCUUUGGAACGAAAUAUUAUCGUGAAGAAGCUGGCUGUGUUGGAGGUGCCCCGUUCUGGCCCUCCAACUGCAUUGUUGGAAAAGUAUGGAAUCAGUGCGAGCAAGAUCGUUGCUGCUGUUCAAGAAGUCCUAAAGUUAUAAUUUAUAAUGGUUUAUACAAAGUUGCCGAAGUUUUCGUCGAAAUAAAUACGUUGAGCGUAAUGGUGUAUCAAAGUUUAUACAAAAGUAUAUAAUUGUAUUCCAACGGGUACAACGAAAACUAAUGCAUUUCGUGUGGUGUUGACGUAUCUAAUGCGUGCCUAAAAGUUUGAAGUUUUGUUUGCGUUAAUACGUUAUCUAACAGAGGGUGCUCGUG